AUGUCGCUCGCAUCCGGUGUCCAAGUGCAAGAUGAAUGUAUUGAGAAGUUCAACGAGUUCCGCCUGAGCCACGGCAAGAUCAAGUACAUCAUCUACAAGAUUGCCGACAACAAGAAGGAGGUUGUCGUUGAGGAGGUCGGCACCGACCAGGACUACGAGGUCUUCCGCUCCAAACUCGAUGCUUCUAAGGACAGCCAAGGCCGUGCCGCACCCCGCUACGCAGUCUACGAUGUUGAAUACGAUCUUGGCAGUGCCGAGGGCAAGCGAAGCAAGAUCAUCUUCAUCUCCUGGGUUCCCAGCGAUACCCCCAUCCAGUGGUCUAUGAUCUACGCCAGCACCCGUGAAGUCCUGAAGAACGCCCUCAACGUCGCAAACUCCAUCCACGCCGAUGACAAGGGUGACAUCGAGUGGAAGGCCGUCCUGGCUGAGGCUAGCGGUGGCAAGGCCGGUCGGUAA